UGUGGUCGGGACUGGAUGAUGAUUGAAAGAGUAAGAAAAAGAAAUAGAAUGGUUUACCGCAGACAUGGUAAUGAAGAACGUAAAAGGUGAGUGUUUUGACGAGAAAGGAGUUGCAGUCAAAUUGGGGAAAUUGGAAAGGCGAAGGUUGAAGGUCUCAUUUUUUGACAUUCAAAUGAUGCGUGACACGAGCAGGACUGAUUAACGAGUUGGAUUUGGUGGAACAAAAGGUGGAUGUUAAGUUUAGAGAAUGGGGAUGCUGGAGCCUACCCUUUUGUGGGAAUAUGUCUGAGUCAGUCUCAGUAACUGCUCAUCACUGACACAUUCAGCUAGCUAGCUACCCCUUAUCUCUCUCUCAACCUCCAACUCGAUAAAUGUGAAUUCAAAACGUGGAGGAAUCAAGGUGGCGCAGUCAAGAGAGAAGAGGUGUUAGAGAAAGUGAUGGGUCAGGGGCUUAGUUGCAGAGGGAGCCAUGAACAUGGCCUAUUCCGUGCUGUGCAACAUGGGGACCUUCAAACUGUUGCAGAUUUGUUGCAAACACACCCUUCUCUUAUGAAUCACACCACUGUCUAUGAUCACCACUCUCCUCUUCAUAUUGCUGCUGCCAAUGGCCAGAUCCAGGUUUUAUCGUGGCUUUUAGACGGAUCUGUGAAUCCAGAUGUGUUGAAUCGCCAAAAGCAGACACCGCUUAUGUUGGCUGCAAUGCACGGGAAGAUCGCCUGUGUGGAGAAGCUACUUGAAGCCGAUGCUAAUGUAUUGAUGUUUGAUGCGUGUUAUGGGAGAACCUGCUUGCACUAUGCUGCUUACUAUGGCCAUUCUUCUUGCCUUAAGGCAAUUCUUUCUGCUGCUCAAUCUAGUCCAGUGGCUGCUUCUUGGGGGUUUGCUCGGUUUGUGAAUAUUAGAGAUGGUAGGGGUGCAACACCAUUGCACUUGGCUGCCCGUCAAAGACGGUCUGAAUGUGUACAUAUUCUAUUGUGCAGUGGAGCUCUUGUUUCUGCUUCAACCGGAAGAUACGGUUGUCCUGGGAGCACUCCUCUUCAUCUUGCAGCCAAAGGGGGUUCCUUGGAUUGCAUCCGCGAACUGUUGGCAUGGGGUGCAGAUCGCCUUCAACGUGAUGCCUCUGGGCGGAUACCAUACAUAGUUGCUCUGAAACAUAGGCACGGCGCAUGUGCAGCAUUGCUGAAUCUUUCAUCUGCUGAGCCUCUUGUAUGGCCAUCAUCUUUGAAAGUGAUUAGUGAGCUUAAUUCAGACGCCAAAGAAUUAUUAGAGAGAGCCUUGAUGGACGCAAAUAGGGAAAGGGAGAAAAAUAUAUUGAAAGGGAGUGAUUACUCUCUUUCAUCUCCAUCACACUCUGAUGGGGUAGUAGAGGAAAAUAUCUCUGAGGUUAGUGAGACUGAAUUAUGCUGCAUCUGCUUUGAGCAAGUGUGUACAAUUGAAGUUCAAGAGUGUGGUCACCAGAUGUGUGCACAAUGCACACUAGCCCUGUGUUGUCACAACAAGCCUAACCCUUCUACUUCUCGUGUUAUCCCACCAGUUUGUCCGUUCUGCCGAAGCAUCAUAGCCAGAUUGGUGGUUGUCAAAAAAGAAAGCCCUGAUGAAAUUGAUCAAGAUGGUGUUGAUAUCUCUUGUUCCAAGCCAAGCAAGUCAAGAAAAACUAGAAACAUGAACGAGGGUGAUAGCAGCAGCAUCAAGGGACUAUCAAGUGUGAACUCAUUUGGAAAGAUAGGUGGACGCAGCUCUGGAAAAAUUGCUGCUGAAAAUGAGUGGGAAGAUGAUAAACAGUAGUGAUACGAAUAUGAUGCUGUUAUUGGUGUGGUGCUUAUCAAUAAUUAUUGCAUAUUGGUAAGAUAAGGUAACGAGUUUUGCUUGAUCGGCAAGGCAAAAUGAAAAUAUAAAGAGUAAAGGGGAAAUGUUCAUUUUAUUUUUGGAAACUAAGCAAAGUGAGUAAGGUUGGUGGGAAAGAGGUGCAUCUCAUGUAAAUUGUAACAUUAUUAUUACUUGGGAGAGAAGCAUCGCCUGCAUCGAUGGUUUUGGGCGUCGUGGUUGGAAUGAGAAAUUCUUUUUCUCAUAAAUAGGCGUGAGUCUAAGAUCAUAUGAAAAUGUAUUGUGUAUUUGCUUCUGAUUUGUUUCUUUAUACCAAAAUGAGCAAUAAAAUCAUGAGGAAAGUCCUGUAGUUGCUGUUAAUU